AUGACUCAAUCAACUGUCCCUCAAGCUGCCACCUCUCCCUCCGCCCCGCCCUUUGUAGUUUCUGAUGAUAUGUCAGACGGUGUCAUAGAUGCCAUCUCCAAAUUACUUGCUAGUCUACGGUUGACGCCUGGUCAGGCAAAGGCCCUUGUCAAUGUCAUUAUGACUCCAACUUUUGCUGAUGCAUCUUCCAAUACGAAGGGUCCUGGUGAACCAUCCUUGAAGACAACUGCCUCGUCCAACAGUGGCCUCAAUUUGUCCGGUAUCCCUGCUGAAGACUAUGUGGCCGACCCAAAUAUGUUGUCUGUCUAUGUGACCCUAGGCUCUUACAGUGACAAGUUGCCAAAAAUUACCGUAAUCGAGCAAUCACACGAGUUCUUCGCCAAAGUAGCAGAUGCCAUGGCUGACGAGUGCUUCCUCUACUUCUACCACGGCAUCUUGUAUAACAUGCCUGUGGUGGCCAAUCCUAGUGCCCCUUACUACUGCGUGAUGCGCAGUCAUUAUAUUGGAAUCUUCAAUGGCUGGGACAAUGUCGCACCGAAAGUUCAGGGUGUACCACGUGCUAUUUUCUCCAAGGUUGACUCACUUGAAGCGGGUGAGGAGAAAUUGAGGAGAGCCAUUGAACGAGGCGAAGCUGCCAAAGUCUGA